AUGAAAAAUUUAGAUAAUGUUUUCUUUGAAGAUCUCGAAGACAUGUUGAAACUGGAUAAUAAGGCAAAUUAGGCAAGGCCAUAAAGUUAGAAACCUAGUACAAGUACUUUAGCUCAAAGAGAUAGGGGUUUUUAAUAAGCAGCAGGAGGAGAUGAUGAUAUUCAAUUCUUUGAAGAUAAUAAUGAUUUUUUUGGAGGGGAAUAAAGACAAAAAUCAAGUACAUUGCAAAAAUUUGAUAGAAAAAUGGAUGUUAGAUCAAAUACAACUGUAGAUUUUACUAAGACUAGGAAAGAUAAUAAUGAAUUUGAUGAGUUACUUGGUAAUCUUGACAAUAAGUCUAACUUCAAACCAAGUUCAGGCAUUUCCUAAAAGAAUAUGCAAGGAUAAUACAACUAAUCUUAAGUGAAUUAUUUUUAAGAUCUAAAUGAUGACAUCGAUGAUGACUUUUAAAAGAAAUCUUAAAUGGGUAUGACAGGAAUGACUAUUUAAACAACUUAUUCUAAGAACGAAGAUAAUUUCCUCAGGAUGGGAUCUUAAUAACAAUCUCAAUAACACGACUUUAAAAGAAGUUAAGAUCAUUUAAAUUUUGAAAAUAAAAAUGAUGAUUUAGAUUUGGAUAUGCCCUUUUCUAGGAGAAAUCCUAGAAGAGCGGAGACUCAAGUUAAAAGUAUGAUUGAUGAUGAUAAUUAAAGAAUGAGUAUUAUUGGUUCUUCAUUUAAGCCACCUAUUCCUUCAGGGAGUAUGUUUGUUACAACAAGUUAAAUAAUUGGUAGCAAAGAUCCAAUGCAACCUUUCAACAAGAAGAUUUAAGAAUAAGGAUACCCAAGUACUAGGUCAAGAGGUAAAGAUGAUGACAACAUCCUCUCCGUUUUAGAAGAGGAAGAAGAUUAAAACAAAAAUCCUUUUGGUAAAGGUAUGUCGUUUGGAGUAGGUAGCCAAUAAAAGUAGUAAUACCCUUUCGCUGGAGGAAUAUUUGAUGCUAAUCCUACUCAUUCUAGAGUAAAAAGUUAGGAUCAAGGCUCUGAAAAAGGAUCACAAAUAGGAAACUCUAAGAAAAUAACCUAAUAAAACGAUUUAGAAGAUGCCCUUGAAGGAUGUGACUAUAACCCUUCUUCUGCUUCAAGAUUAGCUGCUUCAAAGAGACCUAGAACUAGUUAAAAAGAAAAUCAAAGUUAACCUGGCUCAAUGAAUAAUACUAUGAACAAUAUUAAUCCUUCUGUAAUUCAGUCAUAAGCUCCUAAAUCUCAAGUGUACCCAAGAUUAAUGAAAUCUCCCGAUGACCCAUUUCAAAGUAAUAUAAAUAGUAACAACAAUAAUAUACUCAACGAAAGUGUUGGUACUUAGUAAAAGUAUAAUCGUAGUUAAGGAAAUAAGAAUGAGUCUUCUUAUAUAAGUGAUAAAGAUUUAUAUGGAGGAAGUGAAACUAAAGAAGGACCUUAGCAAUUUGAUGAAAAUAAUAACUUAGAUAUAAAUAAAUUUAGUAGAAGAAGCAGUUAUAUGAGAGGCGGAGCUGCACCUUAAUCUGCUGAUAAUAAAAACUCGGGAUAGAUACAGCCUCAUUCAGCUUUUUUUUAGAAUUCAUAAUAAAAUUAGGGUCCUCUUAGUGAUAUCCCAGAUUUGAAAAUGAGUGAAACUAACUUUUAAUAAAAUUAAAUUAAUAGCAACUAUGGAUCAGAAAAAACACCUGCAGAUCCAAAAUAAUUUUAAAAAUAAAAUUAAGAAGAAAUAUCAUUAAAGUUACUUAAGCAAAUGGAAGAAGAAAGAAAGAAUAUGAGAAUUUAAAUAACAAAAGAGCAUGAUGAAGAUAUGAAAAAGUUAAAAGUAAAUUAUGAGGAUUAAAUUAAAUCAAUUAAAGAAAACUAUGAGUAGCUUUUAAAGUUUGAAAAAGAUCGCAAUUAACAACUACAAGAUGAAAUGAAAGAAUUGAUCAUAAAAGAUAGAGAAAGAUAAAGAUAGCUAUUUGAUAUAGAAGUUGAGAGUCUUAAAAACUCAUUUGAAAAAGAAAAAGCUUAAAUUAUCAUGUCUCACUAAAUUUAAAGUGAAUCGCUCAAAAAAUAACUUCAGUAGUAAGCUGAAAUUAUUGGAUUAGCAGAGUAACUUAAAUAAAAUUCAGAAAAGCUAAAUUCAAUAUCUUAUUAGAUUGAGACUACUUAAGAAAGAAAUUAAAUAGACAUGUAAAAAUUAAAUAAUGAAGUUUAGGAAAAGCAAAAAUAUUUAAAGGAUUUAGAAUCUAGAUUAAAAUUAGAAUAAGAAUUUAUAGAUUCUGAAAAGAGAAGAUUAGACAAAUUAAAAUCAGAUAUUUAGUAAACUGAAGAGAGCUAAAGAGGUUACUUAGAUAAAGAAAAAGCUAUGAUUAGGACAGAAUACACAAGAUUGAAUGAAUUGCAAGAUUAAAUUAAAGAAAUAGAUGCUGAAAAGAAAAGGGAAAUAGCUCAUGAAAGAAAUAAAAUGGAAACUGAAAGAUUAGAAAUACAAGAAGAAAGAAUAAAGCUAAAAGAGGAGUAUGAGAGAAUGUAUAAAGAAUUUGAAUUGAAAGUGAAUAUUUUUGAAUAAACAAAAAUGGAGCUAUAAAGAAGUUAAACUAAAAUGGAGUAUAAGUAAUAAUAGCAAAUUAAAGAGAUUGAACAGAAGCAUAUUGACUUACUAAAGUAAGAAUAGAUAAUUCUUUAAAAGACUAAAUUAUUAGAGUUAAGAGAGUAUGAGCUCAAAUAAUAAGAAUAGUAAUCAAAUUAAUAUUUCAGAUAGGUAGCAACUGAAAAGGCAAAUUUUGAUUCCGAAAAGUAAGGUCUCAGGGUAUUGGCUGAUAAAAUAGAAGCAGAAAACUAAGGAAUAAGAGAGUUUAAGGCAAACUUCGAUUUAGAAAGAAUGAAAUUAAUUUAAAAGGAAUAGGAAUUGUAGGAUUAAGAGAAAAAUAUUAGAAGAAAGUAAGAAUAAGUUCUUUCAGAAAAAAGAGAAGUAACAUAACUAUAAGAUACUCUCAGAAACCUAAGAAGUAAUUUUGUUAAAGGAUUGGUAAAUUCUCCUCCUAAUUCAUUAACUUUAGCUCCUUCUUUAUCCUCGUUUAUUUCACCAAAUAAGUCUUCUGCAACAAAUUAGUUUGGAUUUAGGUCACCUCAAAAUUAAUUUUUAUCUAGCUAAAGAACUCAAUAAAAUUAAGAUGUUACUUUUAGGUCUCCUGAAAGCAAAUUAAAUAAAAUCCAUAUUAAAGAAGUUGAAAGGGAAUUAGCUUUCCAAAAUUCACAAAAGAAUGAAGGAUAUGUAAAAUAAGUUAUGCAUGAGAGAUUCGAUUUAAAAGGGUUUAUGAACCAGAUAAGAGAAAUAGACUAAAAGCAAAUGAGCAAUGUUGGGUAUAUAAUGAACGAAAAGGAUAAUUUGUAUACUGGAAAAACCAAGGACAGAUUUCCUACUUUUAAUUUUUAUGAAAAUGAGUAACAUAGUUAAUCAGAAAGAAGUAUAAAUGCACAUUCUUAUAUUGAGAAUUGA